UGUAUUGUCAUGUUUUUUUCAUUCAAUUGUUGUUGAAAUACCAAAAAAAUGUUUAGUGGUAGUUUAGCUAACAAUGUAUGUUAGUGAAAUACCUAUUAGAUAGAUUAGUGUUGAUUGUGAGCUACAAAUAUGUCGGGGGGAGAGAAAAAGAAAAAAGGUGUUCGAUCCCAGGGUUGGGAAGAAGCUGGUUCUGAAUUUUAUCAAGAAAGUUACCCUGGUGACUCCGAUAUUGAGGUCUUAUGGAAAGACCCCAAAAGAUUAGCCACUUUGCUUCCAAGUAAACAGAAUAGGGCAGGAGCAACCACUAUGCGAUUAAGGACUAAUGAUGCAAAGACUUAUAGAAGUACUGUAAGAAGACAUACCGCAAGUCGAUCGCGUAGAGAUUCUACAGUACACAGAAGGGCAUCAGCAGCUGGAGAAGUACAACAGUCAAUGUUGCCUGAUCUUUCAGAAAUGAGGUCAAAUGAACAAACUGCUUGGGAAGCUAUUAUGCUGAUUAAAGCAUCACCAAUUCCCAUGGCUAAAAAGAGAGAAGAAAAGUCAAAAAUUAUGAAUGAACAACAUUUUAGACUACAAGGACUAGAACAGUUUAACUGGAAGAGGAGGAAAGCAUGGCAUCAGUUUAAAAUUCGUUUGAUAGAACUUUACCAUAAAGUGGAACUAUGGCGAAGUGAUUUUAAACAUAUAGAGGGUCAUUUUGGAAUGGGAGUGGUAGCAUUUUUCCGAUUCCUGAAGUGGUUAUUUUUUUUAAAUCUAUUUAUUUUACUUUUGGUCGGUCUGUUUAUAAUCCUUCCCGCAUUUUUAUUAGAUUUUCCGCUAAAGAAGAUGGAUUGUGUAAAUUUAGGUAAUGAUUCAACAUGUGAUGUUCAAUAUUUUUGUUCUAUAAAUGAAUCUUCCUUACUUUUGGAAAUUAUACAGGGUACAGGUAGGCUUGAAAAAACGCCAUUAUUUUAUUCAUUCUAUUCAAACGAGACAUUUUCAUAUAUGACAAACAAUACCAAAAUGUAUUAUAAUAUGCCAUUAGCAUAUAUUUUGGUGACAUUAAUAUACUUCUUUUUCUCACUUUAUACUAUAUUACAUACUGCAGCUAAAGGUUUUAGAGAAAGAAUAGUAGAAGGAGAAGGACAACUUUACCAGUAUUCUAAUCUUAUCUUUGGUGGGUGGGAUUUUUGUAUUCAUAAUGAGAAAAGUGCUAGAGUUAAGCAUCAAGCCAUUUUUAAUGAAAUUAAAAUAUAUUUGCAGACUGAAAAGUUGGAGGAAGAGCGGCAAAGCAGAACAAGACAGGAGAAAUAUAAAAUUAUCUUUUUUAGAUUUUUAGUAAAUACCAUAGUGUUAGCUAUAUUGACACUAUGCUCUUGUGCAAUAUAUUUUAUUUUUAUUUUAUCGACACAACAAUUGGGUGUACUUACAGAACAUAUAGAGGAAAAAUUACAAAUAUUGUUUUAUGAAUUUCUUCCAUCUUUAACAAUUGUAGCUUUAAAUAUGUUUAUACCAGUGAUUUUUCGAUUUUUAAUUAGUUAUGAGAAUUAUGGACCUAUAGCUGAAAUAAGAAUUUUAUUAUUGAGGGCUGUAACUUUAAGAUUAGCAUCUCUUAUAGUGUUUUAUGGAUCUAUGUACUCAAAAAUACAGUCUAGGCAAACUGUAGAUUGUACUUGCUGGGAAUCUUUUGUUGGUCAACAAAUUUACAAACUAAUAUUAACAGACUUUGCUACACAUUUAAUAAUGACUUUUAUUAUAAAUUCAUUAAGAUCAGUAUUAGCAAGGCACAUAGAUAACAAGUUUAUUAAGUUUAUUGGAGAACAAACUUUUGAUUUACCUAAACAUGUAUUAGAUGUUGUAUAUACUCAGACAUUGUGUUGGAUUGGCAUAUUUUUUGCACCUCUAAUAUCUAUUUUGGGGACAGUUAUAUUCUUUCUAUUAUUUUAUAUUAAAAAAUUUGCUUGUUUAAUAAAUUGCAAGCCAAGUGCAAUUGUAUACAGGUCAUCCAGAUCAAAUUCAAUGUUCAUGGCAGUUUUACUAAUUUCUUAUAUAGUAGCACUCGGUCCAAUAGCUUUUACUAUAUCAGAACUUAAGCCAAGUAGAUCAUGUGGUCCAUAUAGAGAUCUCCCUUCAAUUUGGAAUUUUAUGGUAAAAACAUUUCUUGACGCUCCUAAUUGGUUGCAGACCACAUCAAGCUUUAUUACAACCGCAGCAUUUGCUAUACCAGUAUUUAUUAUCUUAAUACUUUUGCUUUACUAUUUUACAGCUGUAAAUUCUGCAAAUAGACAUAUGGUAAGGGUUCUUAAAAAUCAAUUAGUUCUUGAAGGCCACGAUAAGAAGUUUCUCAUUGACAGAUUGUAUAUGUUUAUAAAGCAAGAAAAUGAUAAAAGGGCUAGAUUAGCUAAUCAGAUGAUGGAUGGCGAUACAGAAUCACAAUAUACCAACUCAAAUUUUCAUAGCUAAAAUGCCAGACACUUUUAUAUACAAAACAUAUCUGUUUCCAAAAAUAUCUAAUGCCAUUUGACCAUUAUUGAAUAUUAAAGCAAAUUUUAAACUAUUUAAAUAUAAGUAGGUAAUCUGUUGCACCUAUAUAUUAUUAUAAAUUGUUCUAUCGCUAGCAUCGAUCUACACUGAACUUUAAUUAAAAAUAAUUUAUUAUCUCUUUAUAUUCAAUAAUGUCCAUAUAUUGUACCCAAUUAGUAUUAAUCCUAUCUGUUUUAUAUUUAUAUAAAUGUGAUAUUUUACUAUUUUUGUUUAAUUCAAUUAGCUAUUUUGUUUACAUUUUAUGUUUUAGCUACAAAUACAUUACUACUAUAGAUAUUAAGGGAAUAAUUAGACAUGAAAGUUUAAUUCCAUCCAAAAUUAAGUAAGUCUCUCCAGGAAAAGAAUAUCAUUGUGAUUGUUGUCUGUCUUUUAAUUCAAAAGUAGAUUGCUUUUCCUGUCAUAUUAUGGAUCCCAUCAAAUUCCUGUAUUCUUUCACUGGGCAUACUAUACUUCAUAAUGCUAUAGGAAUUAUGCAAUUUAUUUAUUGUAAAAGUAAUACCGUGAAAAUAUCGUUCAGGAUGAUGAAAAAAAAAUCUGGUAAAGUUUGAGCUUUUAAUAUUAAUAUUAAGAGGUUUGGUUUCAUCAUCGGGAUUUUCUAUUUCUCAUAUAAAUAACACGGGGAAACAAAUUCCUUUUUUUUUUAAUUUAUUGCGUUCUAACAAAUGACCAAUUUACACCGAAUACAUAUUCUUGCAGGAAAUUGAACGGUCUUUUAAAAAAGGUCUGAUAUGAAUUUUCAUUUAAUCAAAAAUAAAUUAACUCGUUUGAAAGUUAAUGAAGGUUAAAGUUCAAAACUUCAAAUCGUAUAUGAUCACUUCCACAAUUUUUUAUAUUUUAUCACAAAAUAUUGGCUACAGGAAGUUAUCAUUAAUCAUUACAAUUUGAAGUAAACAUUAACCUUCAAUAACUUUCAAACGAGUCGAUUAGAUGAAAAUUCAUAUCAGACUUUUUUAAGACCAUUUAAUCUCCUACUAGAAUAUGUAUUGAUUUUUACAAAACCCUGAUUUGUUAGAACGUAAUAAAAUUCCAAAGAGAAAAAAAGUUUCCCCAUGUUAUGGGAAAUAGAAAAUGACGAUGGGGCAUCUCUUAAUAUUAAUAUUAAAAGCUCAGACUUUACCAGAAUUUUAUUUUCAUCAUCCCGAACAAUAGGUAAGCAAAAAAGAAAAAAAUAUUUAUUUUUUUGGUGCACCCUAAUAAGCAAUUAUGUAAGUGUAUUUGGUUCCAGAGAUAA